CCCCUGACCACUAUAAAUAGCCAGGUCUCUGCUCCGGCACUGUUCUUCUCCUUACUCGUCAGAUGUACGGACAAUGGAAUCUUCUCCAUCACCUCCUCUUUAUUAUCUUCCUCUCCAUCUCUCUAUACUCCCUCCAUUCCCUCUUCGGGAAUCUGAUGGUAAGGCACGACGAUUCCGGCAUCAAGAUCAAGAGAUCCGCCGAUCUGCCGCUCCGUUUUGGCUACGACGGCACCUUCAAGAUCCUCCAGGUUGCUGAUAUGCAUUAUGGGAACGGCAUUAUGACCAGAUGCCGGGAUGUGCUGGCAUCGGAGUUCCAGUUCUGUUCUGAUCUCAACACAACACGGUUUGUCAGGAGGAUGAUAGAUGUUGAGAAGCCGGAUUUCAUUGCUUUCACAAGAGACAACAUAUUUGGAUCAAGCACUUCCGAUGCUGCCGAGUCUUUGAUUCAUGCAUUUGUUCCUGCGGUAGAAUCCAAACUCCCUUGGGCAGCAGUUUUGGGUAACCAUGACCAGGAAUCCACCAUGACCCGUGAAGAACUGAUGUCUUUCAUCUCCCUUAUGGAUUAUUCAGUCUCUCAGGUUAACCCAUUUACCAGCAACCCCUUUGACAAGAAGGGAGUCGUCCCAGAAAUAGAUGGGUUCGGGAAUUAUAAUAUCAGAGUACAUGGUGCAUCAGGUUCUGAUUUUGCCAAUACCAGCAUCCUCAAUCUCUACUUCCUCGACAGCGGAGAUAGGGCAACUCUUGGAGGGAUUCGGACUUACGGAUGGAUCAAGGAAUCUCAACUGCGUUGGCUCCGUAGCAUUUCUGAAGGAUUUCAGGGAAGAAAUCUUGGCGAUGAACCACCAUCCGAUGGUAUCCCACCUGCCCUGGCAUUCUACCAUAUCCCGGUUCCAGAGGUCCGGCAGCUCUGGUCAAAACAGGUGGUGGGUCAGUUCCAGGAGGCGGUAGCAUGCUCUUCAGUCAAUUCAGGAGUUGUGAGAACCCUUGUUUCCAUGGGAGACGUGAAGGCAGUAUUCAUGGGACACGAUCACAACAAUGACUUCUGUGGUGAGAUUGAUGGCAUAUGGUUCUGUUAUGGGGGCGGCUGUGGAUACCAUGGCUACGGGAAAGCAGGCUGGCCAAGGAGAGCAAGGGUGAUAUUGGCAGAGCUCGGAAAAGGAGAGAAGGCGUGGGCAGGGGUCAAGAGGAUUAAGACAUGGAAGCGUUUGGAUGAUGAGCGCUUGAGCAAGAUUGAUGAGCAAAUCCUGUGGUGGAAACGGCCAUUGAGCUGAUAUCUGUUCUGCGUGGCUUGAAUCCAAAGUGCAGUGAUUGAUUUGUGCCAUAGAUGUGUCCUGUAAGAAAACUAAUUGUCAUGUGAUAUCUAGGCCGUUCAGCGGGUGGGGCAUGUGUGCCGUGGCCCAAAAUUAAGGCUGAUGUUCUCACCA